AUGGCCUAUGACCGAUAUGUGGCCAUCUGCCACCCACUGCACUAUACAUCUGUGAUGAAGUGGGGAAGGUGCAUUCAGCUGACAGGUGGGGCAUGGAUGGCAGGUUUUCUUAAUGCUGCUUUGCACACUGGUACCAUUUUUUCAAUGCCUUUCUGCUCCAAUGUCAUUAAUCAGUUCUUUUGUGAAAUCCCACACUUAAUGAAGAUCUCCUGCUCUGAUUCAUACUCCAGUGAUGUUUGGGCUCUUCUCUUUAGUUCUGCCUUAGGGUUUGGCUGCUUUGUAUUCAUUGUCAUGUCCUAUGUGCAGAUCUUUACUGCAGUGUUGAGAAUGCCCUCCAUGGCAAACAGGCAAAAGGCCUUCUCUACUUGCAUUCCUCACCUCAUUGUUGUCUCUCUCUUGGUUGGUACUAUUCUUUUUACUUAUCUCAUGCCAACCUUCCAACUCUUCAUACAAUCUUGA